AUGGAAGAUGCACCUUCCAUACUCGAGAUCGAGGUCUUCAACUACGAUGGACCCUUCUCAGAACCUUCCCUGCUCGGCCGGGCAGAAAUAAACUUCCUCCGCCAGUCGGCGCAGGACCUCGCGGACCUCUGGGUGCCGCUGGAGGGCAGGCGGGCAAAAGUUCAAGCUGCCCGGAUCCAUGUUCGAGUGCUUCUGACCAAUACCUCAGAGGCUGCGGCCCCUCUGGUGCUUCAGAAGAUCAGCAAGGAAGUGGGCAGCAAGGUGAGGAAGGCAAGGGAAGGGAAGCAAGGUGAGGGGGGUGUGCGGGAGUUUUCAUUGCAGAAGAACUUGGCCUUCCGGCGCCUAUUCGACCUACCGGACAGCGAGUGCCUCAUAAACGACUUCUCCUGCAUCCUCAAGAAAGGGCUGCUCUCUCAAGGCCGCCUCUUCCUCUCCCCACGCCUCCUCGCCUUCUACUCCUCUGUCUUUGGCACACGCAUCAAAUUCACCCUCCUCUGGGAAGAUAUAGAUGAGAUUGACGACAGCGUGCCGUCUCUCUUCGACCAAAAGGAGUCCCAAAAGGAUGCCAAGUCUCAAACCGCCCAGUCUUCAUUGACUAGGUCGCAACCGAUCAAGGAUCAGACGGCCGCCGCCGCCCAGAAACCGCCCGCCGCUGCCGCCCAGAAAUCGUCCAUGACGACCUUCAAGCGCAUGCUCAACCCGGCCAUCACCGUCUUUGUCAAAAAGGACAAAGGGACGGCGGAAACCCGGGCGGCGGCGCAUGGCGUGGACUCGCAGGGGCGGCUGAAGAUCCGAUUCCAGUCGUUUGUCCGCCCGGGAGUGGCCUUCCGCCUCGUCCUUGCCUUAUGGCGCAAUCGCAAUCUCCCCACCGACCAGCAGCUAGCUCGAGCCAAGGAGGAGGGGGAUGCGAGCGUCAGUGGUGGGGAGAGAGGCGAGGGUACCAAUGUGGGGAGGGACGGGGGGGCUGGGGCAGCAGCAGGAGUAUCCAGCAGCAGAGGCGAUUUUGGGGGGGCGAGAGGAGGGAUGGGAGGGUAUCGGGAGGUGAUCGAUUCGAGAAGGGAGUCUAUAGCAGUGGAGGACGGUGGAGGGGUGUUUAUGGGAGUGGAGACGCGGGAGAUGAUAGACGAGCAGCUAGUAGGCGUACCCAUCACAGUGCAGCAGUUUCUGGCAUCGUUUGACGACCCAGCAGCCACUGCUGCCAUGAUGGAGAAGGCAGGGCAGAUGGGGGCGGAGAUCGGCGAGUGGGAGGCGGUGGAAGUUGGUAUUGGGGACGGGGUGGGGCAGCUGGACGGCCGGGCGGCGGGAGGCAGAGUGGGCGGCGUUCUUCGGCGCCAGCGCAGCGUCAAGUACCGAUUCUCUCGGCAGGUGAGGGGAAGUGAAGUGGGCCACUGGUCAGGGGCAGGUGAGGAAAGCUCAUGGGGAUUUCCCUUCCACCAAGCUCAUGGGGAUUCCCCUUCCCCAUCCAAGCACCGCCAUGUCCCUGUCCUCUCCCCAACCGUGACCGCGGUGCAGCAGAUGACUCAGGAAGCCAGCACCCCGGGCGGCACCCCGGGCGGCAUCUCGGGCGGCAGCCAGGACGGCGGUAUCCAGUGGGCGUGUUUGGAGCAGGUGCUCACUCUCCACAGAGUCCCCUUCGGCGACAGCUUUCAGUUGGAGUUUGUUCAAGAGAUCAAGGCCAAGGAGACAUUCUCCCUGCCAGGAGCAACCGCAAGCACGGCAGCAGGUGCAGCAGCAGCAGACGUGGGAGCAGGCAAGAGCAGCGCAGCAGAUACGGCCUACUCGUCCUCUACCCCAGCAGAAGCUGCUGCUAGCGCGGCCAGGGGAGCAGCCGCUGUCGCCUCCGCACUGGUUGCCGCUGCAGGCGCACUCAAACUCACAUCACGUGGGGGGGCAGCAGCAGCAAGCGGAACGGCCGCAGGUGAGAACGGAUCCGGUGAGGAGAGAGGAACAGCAGGCGGUACAGCAGGAGCAGGAGCAGCAGGGGGGGUGGCAUUGGGAGCGAGUGGGUUACAAGAGGGGGUGUUGCAGGAUGACAGGGUGCGAUCGGUGCUGCACGUGCGAAUGGCGAUUGCAUGGCACAAGGAGCUCAGUGAGGCCACUCGCACCAAGAUCAAGAGCAGCAUCGGGCGAUUCUACAAGCAGCAGGCACGCCGUGUGUGUGUCCCUGGGACGCGCCACCCCAGUGCUGGUGCUGCUGGUGCUGCUGGUGCUGCUGGUGCUGCUGGUGCUGCUGGUGCUGCUGGUGCUGCUGGUGCUGCUGGUGCUGCUGGUGCUGCUGGUGCUGCUGGUGCUGCUGGUGCUGCUGGUGCUGCUGGUGCUGCUGGUGCUGCUGGUGCUGCUGGUGCUGCUGCUGCUGCUGCUGCUGCUGCUGGUGCUGCUGGUGCUGCUGGUGCUGCUGGUGCUGCUGGUGCUGCUGGUGCUGCUGGUGCUGCUGCUGCUGCUGGUGCUGCUGCUCCUGCUGGUGCUCCUGCUGCUGCUCCUGCUGCUGGUCCGCCUCCCAGCACCACGCCUCUGGUUGCCAGCGAACACCCACGGCACACCAGUGUGUUUUUUUUAGGCGCCUCAAAAGUCGCCACACCAGUGUGUCCCCUGGGGAUGCGCCACCCCUGGGAUGAGAGCAAGACGUUCACCCACGAGGCACCCACCCGCACCAGAGCACAGACCACAGGAACACACACACAGGAGCGUGCAUCAGAAGCAGCAGAGGAAACGGACUUGGACGAAACAAGAAUAGAUCCUAAGACCUGCCGCACGGCGACCUAG